UCGGCUUGGCGGCGGCGGUUUAAUUUCCUAGUUGCUCAAGAUGGCGGCGGCCGUCUUUCCAAGGCGCUGCUGCAGCCUGGAGAAAAGAGAUAACUCCGCUGCUGGUGAUGCUCUGGGGAGCUGCCGGCCUGGCGUCCCUCCUUACGGUUGCGGCUUCCCUGGAUCCGGAGCCGGAGGCGGUGGGGAGCCACGUGGUGGAGCUGAGCGGGUCCAACUGGAGCCUCCUGCUGCAGGGCCAGUGGAUGGUGGAAUUCUAUGCUCCUUGGUGUCCUGUCUGUCAGCAAAUGGAAUUGGCAUGGGAAGCUUUUGCAAGAAAUAGUAAGGAACUCGAACUCAGUGUGGGCAAGGUUGAUGUCACUCAAGAACCAGGUGUAAGUGGCCGUUUCUUAGUCACUACUCUUCCCACUAUUUACCAUGCAAAGGAUGGAGUUUUUCGCAGAUAUCGUGGCUCGAAGACCUUGGAGGAUCUAGAGAGUUAUAUCCUGGAGAGGAAAUGGGAAAGUAUAGAACCUGUGGCAGGAUGGAAGUCUCCCUCAUCUCUAAUGGAUGUGGGAAUGGCAGGACUUUUCCAUUUAUCUGGAUGGAUCAGACAAAUCCACAACUAUUUUACUGGCACUCUUGGGAUUCAUACUUGGGUUUCCUACGCCAUCUUCAUAUUAGCCACCCUUCUGAUAGGUCUUAUCUUGGCUUUGAUAUUUGUUUUGCUUAUAGACUGCAUGUGCCCUGCUAAGUUCAAAGAAGAAAGUUUUGAUUCCGUAGAUCCUGAUGAGAAGAAGAUAGAAGAAGAUCAACAGCAAACAUUGGAACUUUCAGCAGGGGAUGAAAUUCCAGAAAAGGGUUUGGUCUAUGGAGAAAAUGAAGAAGAGGGAGAAGAUGAGUCUCAGCCCAAUUCCUCAGAUGAUUCAGCAGUUGAAGGAUGUGAGGGAGAAAAUGAUUUAGAGCCUUUUGAAUCUGACAAGUUAGAGGAGACCUCCUUAAGACAACAAAAUCAGAUGGAGCCUGAACUAUAGUGAAAGUACUUGAGUGUAUACUUUUAAGUGGACCAAAGAUGAUUGGGACCUUCGUUUUGCAGCUGAAGCCAAAUAUUUGACUUAUACGACAUUGCAGCUAAAUAUAGGCUGACUGCCAGAAAGCUUCUGUUUUUAUUUUUAAGGUCAAUAUUUUGAAUGUAAAAUACGACUAACGUUGAAAUCAGAGACAUGACAAUCAAACAACCACAUUGAGUUCAGGGAUAGGUAAGAGGUUUUGUUGCAUCAUCCAUACAGUGGUGGGUUCCAGAUCCCAUUCCAACCGAUACGGUUGGAACGGGUCUGGGUUGCCCACAUGGACAUGUGCAUGGCGCGCACAUGCGUCGUAGCUGCCAGGAACGUUUCCACAAGCCUCCACAACACUCCAGUUGCUCGGCGGAGGGUCACACAGGCGCUGUAUGUGCCAUGUGCAUGUGUGGAAGCGCCAAACGCUUUAAAGGACAGGUAAGGAGCUCGG